CGAUACCCCUUCUCCUUGCCCAUAAAACCCACCCGAGACCUCCAGAAAUAAACACAAGAAAACUUUAUACACAUAGCCACCGUAGCAGCUUCCGCAAACCAAGAAAACCACUCUGACAUCCAACCGAGACACUUACCUCGCCGGAAUCCACCACAGACGCCGCCGACGGCAAGCUCUCCUCCCACCUAGACGUACGCCGUCGCCGUUCAAGCCUUUCCCGUCGUUUUUCCUUCUGCCGUUAGUGACCAAAGUCGCUGGGUGUUGUGGCUAGCCACCGUCGACCACUCUAGAAGACGUCAGACCACCUCUACAAGGCCACAGAGAUCGCCAACCUGCCCAACCCCGUCGAGCCCACUCCUUUCCGGUACCCCCAGCUGCGCCGCCAGUCCCUCCCAGCCACCCAGAGCCGCCGCCGCGCAUCAGCUCAUUGUCUCGGUGAGUCCACUGUUAUCACACGGCAAAUUCCUUCAGUUGUGUUCGGUGAAUACUGUGUCUUGCGAAGUUUCCAUGGUCGGGGAUCGGAGGAGUAAAGAGGAUGGCUUUGUGUAAUUUUACAAAUGCUGCUGCCGAGGUUCUAAAUGGCUCAACUGUUGGUUCAGAUAUGGUCAAAGUAUUUGCUAGUACAACGCCCUGCACCCGCACCUUCGUGAUGCAUUUCAACGCCCGCUCCAUUCCAAACUCACAUGAAACCCCUUUUCCCUUGUACUCAGAACUCAACCUCACUGCUAUUUCUCUCUGCUUUCACUCUCAGGCCCCAAGUAGUACUCCACUUUCUCAGGCCAUUCUCUUCAACCUCCACCAGGAGACCCAAAUGGAACUCAACCACUAAUGUUAUCAUCACCAACCCUACUCUGCUAAUCAUGGAGUCAUGCACGACCAUGCUCCAACUGAAGCAAAUUCAAGCCCGCAUGACCGUCAAUGGCCUCAUUACUCACACAUUCCCUGUGAGCCGGGUUGUAGCCUUUUGUGCUCUUGCUGACAUCGGUGACGUUGAUUAUGCCCAUGAGUUGUUUUCUCAAAUCGAAAAUCCCAAUACUUACAUAUGGAAUACGAUGAUCAGAGGCUACGGUAAAGCUAAAAUUCCCACUGUGGGUUUUUGGUUUUUUCGUCGUAUGGUAAGAGAACGCGUCGAAAUGGACCGCCGGAGCUUUGUUUUUGCGCUCAAGGUGUGCGAGCAGUUUUGUGCAAUUUCAGGGGGGGAAUCAGUUCACUGCAGGAUUUGUAAGAUGGGUUUUAGUUCGGAUUUGAUAGUACAAAAUGGAUUGGUUCAUUUCUAUGCUGAGCGCGGGUGUUUGGAUUUUGCGCGCAAAAUGUUCGAUGAAACUCUGGUGAAGGAUGUUGUUUCUUGGACCUCGAUAAUUGAUGGACAUGUGGUGCAUAAUUGCUCGGAUGAGGCUUUGGAAUUGUUCAAUCUGAUGCUGCUGAGUGAUGUUGAGCCAAAUGAGGUUACCAUGAUUCCGGUACUUUCGGCGUGCUCACUGAAAGGGGAAUUAAGUAUGGGGAAAAGUAUCCAUGAAUACAUACAAAAGAAAAAAAUUUCUUGGAGCCCGAACUUGCAAAACGCCAUGUUGGAUAUGUAUGUAAAAUGUGGUAGUUUGGUCACUGCUAGGGAGAUUUUUGACAACAUGAAGAAUAAGGAUGUGUUUUCAUGGACUAGUAUGGUUAAUGGGUAUGCAAAGUUCGGGAAAUUGGAGCUGGCAAGGAAGCUUUUUGAUGACAUGCCCGUGAGAAACGUGAUUUCUUGGAAUGCAAUGGUUGCUGGUUAUUCUCAAAAUAAUCAACCAAAGGAAGCUUUGAAAUUAUUUCUUGACAUGGUAGAGGCAGGAUUGGCGGCAACAGAGAACACUUUGGUCUGUGUGCUUUCUGCUUGUGGUCAACUGGGUUCAUUGGAUUUGGGUCAAUGGAUUCACCACUAUUAUAUCCAUCAAAAGCGGAUUCAAUUUAGUUUGAUUCUGGAAAAUGCUUUUGUUGACAUGUAUGCAAAAUGUGGGAGUCUUCAUGCGGCUGCAACUAUCUUCAAUGAAAUGGUGGAGAGAGAUUUGGUUUCCUGGAAUUCCAUGGUUGCCGGAUAUGCUUCUCACGGACAUGCUAAAAAAGCCCUCGUCCUGUUCGAGCAGAUGACCCAAUUGGGAUUUAGGCCAGACGACAUCACAUUUGUGGGUGUGUUGUCAGCUUGCAGUCAUGGGGGUUUAGUUUCAGAAGGUCAAAACUAUUUCAAAAGCAUGAAAAGAAAUUUUGGGAUAGAACCAAAAGUUGAACAUUACGCUUGCAUGAUUGAUUUGUAUGGUCGAAUUGGGCUACUAGAAGAAGCUUAUAAAUUUAUAGCAAAAAUGCCAAUGGGAGCAAGUGUAGCAGCAUGGGGUGCUCUUCUUAAUGCUUGUAGAAUGCACGGGAAUGUUGAGCUGGCUAAGGUUUCUGCCUAUAAGCUGUUAGAGUUGGAUCCUGAAGACAGUGGCAUUUAUUCAUUACUGGCAAAUAUUUUGGCUCAUGAGAGAAGAUGGGGUGAUGUAAGGAUGGUGAGAUGUAUGAUGAGAGAGAAGGGUGUCAAGAAGACUCCUGGACGUAGCUUGAUUGAGAUAGAGGUUAGAAAGCAAGCUAUGUACUCUCUUAAAGACAUUGUGCCUGCAGCUGAGAACAACAUAAAUACACAAGUCAUAGUUUUGAACAUAGGCAAGACAGCAUCAGAGGGCCAAAACAAGACAUGCUUGGCACUUGUGGCUGAUGAGACAGCCGCAGUUCACUUCCAGCUCUGGGGGAAUGAGUGUGAUGCCUUUGAGCCUGGUGAUAUUAUCCAACUAACAAAUGGAAUAUUCUCUUGCAACCGGAGAAGUUGGGUGCUGAGGGCAGGCAAGAGAGGGAAGGUAGAGAAGGUGGGAGAAUUCACCAUGGCAUAUGUUGAGACACCCAACAUGAGCGAGAUUGAAUGGGUUCAUGAUCCAAGCAAGUCCAAGUUCGUGCAGAAGGCUGUUAUUUCACCCCAUUCACGCAUUUUCCCGCCAUUACCUUAACUUUUGCACCUUUUGUUUCAUGUAAUGUUCCUUCUCACUGCAUUUCAGAAUUACCAACAUUGAUGAGAUUGUAGUUUCAUGUA